GGAGGGGAGGGUCGGUCGGAGGGGAGGAAAGGCAGCUGCAAGCAGCAGUCGGUGCAAGGGAGAGAUGGUGCGAGGGUAGAGGAAGACGGGAGCAGUGUCAUGGAGGCAGGUCUGCCUGCUGGCUGUCCGUCGACCUGCUCCCUUGCGUUACCUGACAGCGCGCUCUCGCCAGUGUAUCGAAAGCCGCGUUCACCGAUGGAUCGACUCGCGAUCCUCUCGUGAGCUCGUCACGCUCGCCACGCUCUCGGAUCGUCGUGCUCUCUUUUUCUUGGUUUUUUUUCUUCUCUCUCUCUCCCUCUCUCCCUCUUUCUCUCUCUCUCUCUUUUUUUUUUCUUUUUCACGAAAGAACGGACGACCACAGUUCGUCUUUUUCAUCGGGAGAGAGACUUCGCUUCGCGUCGAGUCGAGUCGAGUCGAGUCGAGUCGAGUCGAGUCGAAUUGAAAAACGGAAGCUGCGUAUGCCGUGUGUCUCUGGUCGCGGGGAGAAGAAUCACGGAGAGUGGGUGAACACGGAGGAGCAUAUAGAGGGCAAUACAGAGAGGGAGAGAGGCGGUCGGAGAAAGACAGACAGACAGGGAGAGAGAAAGAGGGAGGAAAGUGACACGUUGCGAUACGAUCGAUCCAACGACCAAGUUAUACGUGCGUUUUAAACGAACACGCUCCGAAAACACGAUCGGGACACAAUGUGCUCGUGACACAAGAGCGGCUCGCUUCCCUCAGGAGUCUCGCUCACGGAGCACGCUCUGUGUGACCGUUUCGACUCGCAUUUCUUCUUUCCUUCUCCUUCUUUCCUUCAUUAAAUUCAUUCAAUUGAAAACUGCGAGUUUUCAUUUUCGUUCGUCUGGUGACACUGGUGAGUAGCAAAGAACACUUGGGACUAUAUAUAUAUUAUAUAUAUACGUUCGAAGUAGAAGAAGGAGAAACGAAGAACGUACCAGACAGAAGCAGUGAAAGAUACCGGCCCGGAGGAGGAAACGGAUAAAACGUGGGCGUUGAGUGAUUGUUGUCGGUGCUAGUUUCCAUUGGGAGUCAUGAGAGAUACCAGCAAUAUGAUGGAGGACUCCUUGUCCGAGACACUCGUUCCCGUUUUCUAUAGCUUCCCUUAUAUGCGCAUUUUAUUGGACUCUUUCUCGCCCGUCCUUUUACCCAAGGGAAUAGAAUUUGCUCUCAAUGUUCUCGGCUUCUACUUUAUCGAAGAUGGAACAAAUUUUCUCUUAGCCAGAUUGCUGGAUAUACAAUGGCUCGCAAACGUAUUUAAUUCCAAUUUCUUUCUUUCGCAAACUUAUUACGUGUGUUAUACGAGACAAUUUGAAGUUUUAUUAACGUUACAAUGAGUGGAUACUUAUGGGACACGUAAUUGAAUACGUAAGAAUGUUCGCAAGACGCAAAAACAUGUAAAAUAUUUAUCGCGUGUCACUUGUUGUCAUAUUUAAUAAGUGAAAUGAAUUUCAAUUGUAUAAAUAUGAAUUUAAAUACGUGAAAUACGACUAUUGUUAUAUUGAAGAUUAAAAUGAAAAUAUAGUACGUAUAUUAU